AUGUAUUUGUUAACAGCGAAACCCUCAUUCAGACCUCAAUUAACACUAUCUUCUUCUUCUUCUUCAACUUCUGCUUCGUUAUCUUCAUCUUCAAUUUCUCGAUUUUCUCUCCGAACUCGUUCACCUUCAUCCAUCACCUUUCCGAGAAAUUCAAACCAUAAAGGAAGACUUAGUUUCAGAGUUGAAUCGUCCAAAAAUGAUUCUCCCAAUUCUGCUAGUUCUGGCGACUCCAAAUCCCCUAACGGCACUCUGUCAAAGAGCAGGAGAGAAAUCUUACUGGAAUAUGUCAAGAACGUGCAGCCGGAAUUUAUGGAGUUGUUUGUGAAAAGAGCACCUCAACCGGUUGUGGAUGCAAUGCGACAAACUGUGACGAAUAUGAUUGGAACACUGCCUCCUCAGUUUUUUUCUAUAACAGUCACCACUGUAGCUGAGAACCUUGCACAGCUUAUGUACAGUGUCAUGAUGACUGGAUACAUGUUUAGAAAUGCACAAUACCGUUUGGAACUGCAAGAAAGUUUGGAACAAGUUGCCCUUCCUGAUGUGCAAGAUAAAAAGGAUGUUCCAGACUAUGCUCCUGGGACACAAAAGAAUGUUUCAGGUGAAAUCAUUCGGUGGAACAAUAUUUCUGGGCCUGAAAGAAUGGAUGCUAAAAAGUACAUUGAAAUACUUGAAGCAGAGAUUGAGGAGCUAAAUCGUCAAGUUGGAAGACAGUCUAAUAAUGCACAAAAUGAGCUAUUGGAAUUCCUAAAAUCUCUUGAGCCUCGAAAUUUAAAGGAUUUAACUAGUAGUGCUGGGGAGGACGUUGUGUUUGCAAUGAAUACAUUCAUAAAGCGCCUGCUGGCUGUUGCAGAUCCUAGUCAAAUGAAGACUAGCGUGACUGAGACUAGUGCACCUGAACUUGCCAAACUGCUUUAUUGGUUGAUGGUGGUUGGAUACAGCAUUCGCAACAUUGAAGUUCGAUAUGACAUGGAAAGAGUACUUGGAACUCCUUCAAAGCUGGCUGAAUUGCCGCCGGGUGAAAUUGUUUAA